AUGGGUAUUGUGCUGCGAUGCAAUGCCGACUGUUUGAACCAAAACUUUAUCCAACAGCAGAGGCGUUGGCGAUGCUGGGCCGGGAUUCGGAUGCUCUAUACUUACCAAGGCAUUCUUUUCCGUGACGUCGACCUUUCGUUUCUCCUUGCAUUUCCUUCUCCCGUGCCCGCAGAAGUUGACGAUUCCGACAUACAUGUAGAUGCGCUCCACAAGUCAGUGACAUAUCCGAACAGCAUGUCGCUUAUGAAGUUUAAACUUCGUCUAUUUGAGCUAUCGACCCAAAUAUGCUCCUGUCUUUCCAACAGUUCUACAUUUGACGAAGCUGCCGCGAACCACUUUGAUGCUUUGAUUGCAGCCGAGCAACAGCAGUGGGCUUCCGCAUUUCUCCCUUCUGGAUGUCCCAGCUUCUUUGACACGGCGGGCUUUGCGUACUGGUGCAUACUCGAGACGUACGCUUAUCAGCUCUAUCUCCUGAUUCACCGGCCUUUCUAUCAUUCCCAAUCUCCCAAGUUUCUCCCUUCUAGCAGGAAAAGAUAUGCCGAAUCGAGUGUAGCCUUGUUGGAAACGUUUGAGAAACUAUGUGAGCUUCCUACUCUUCGGCCAUACCGAUGGCUAGUGAACGGCAUGACAAGCUUCAAUGCACUCCAAGGUGUGGUUGCUUUGGCGGCUUGUCUGGUUGAUAAACAUGGACAAGGCGGUACCACAGCUUCUCACAAAGCAGUCUUUGAUGCUACUGUACUGCGCAUCGAGUCACUGCAGGGAACGAGCCCUGUUUGUGAUAGAGCUUACCCUACAAUCAAAGCAAUACAGACACAAAUAUCUACACUCAGUAGUGGCGAAGACUAUGUUUCGCCUCGGGAGUGGGAUCCUAGGACCGAUUGGCUUGAUCUGAACUCGAUCGAUUGGGCUUUCUGGGGGGAUUUCACAGACAAUGUUAGGCGUGGUGCUUAG